AGAGGCCCCGCCUAUUCCGGCCCUCUGUGCUGUCUCCGAGCGUGAGCACACACGCGGUAAGGCUGAUACUGUCUUAACUCCUGGGCUUGGCGGCCAGAGAGGAGAGAUGGCGGCGGAAGUGGUGUCGAGUGCGAAGUGGCUGUACUGUGGGGAGCCCGACGAGAGCCAGAGAGCUGUACUGGUCCAGUUCUCCAAUGGGAAGCUGCAGAAUCCAGGCAACAUGUGCUUUACCUUGUACAAGAACAAUGACUCCACAAACCCCAGGAAGAGGAGUCAGCGGAUCCUGGCAGCUGAAACAGACAGACUUUCCUAUGUGGGAAACAAUUUUGGGACUGGAGCCCUCAAAUGCAACACUCUGUGCAGGCACUUUGUGGGCAUUUUGAACAAGACCUCUGGCCAAAUGGAAGUAUAUGAUGCUGAAUUGUUCAACAUGCAGCCAUUGUUUUCAGAUGAGUCAGUUGAGAAUGAAUUGACAUUAGAAAGUGAGACCAAGACUUUUAGAGAGAAGAUGGACUCUUGCAUUGAAGCCUUUGGUACAACCAAACAGAAGCGGGCUCUGAACUCCAGGAGAAUGAACACAGUUGGCAGUGAAUCUUUGAAUCGUGCCGUAGCUAAAGCCGCAGAGAAUAUUAUUGAUACAAAGGGUGUGACCGCUCUGGUCAAUGACGCCAAACGUGAUGACAUGCAAGAUGACUCCCUCUACCUUCCUCCCUGCCACGCCGAUGCAGCCAAGCCUGAAGACGUGUAUAAAUUUGAAGACCUUCUUUCCCCUGCGGAGUAUGACGCUCUUCAGAGCCCAUCUGAAGCUUUCAGGAAUGUCACAUCGGAAGAAAUACUGAAGAUGAUUGAAGAGAACAGCCACUGCUCCUUUGUCAUAGAGGCGUUGAAGUCUUUGCCAUCAAACGAGGAGAGCCGAGACCGCCAGGCCCGAUGCAUAUGGUUCUUGGACACACUCAUCAAAUUUCGAGCACAGAAAGUGAUUAAGCGGAAAAGUGCCCUGGGACCUGGAAUUCCACACAUCAUCAGCACCAAAUUGCUGAAGCACUUUACCUGCUUGACCUACAACAAUGGCAGUUUGCGGAACUUGAUUUCCGAUUCUAUGAGGGCAAAGAUCACUGCGUAUGUGAUCUUACUGGCCUUGCACUUAAAUGACUUCCAGAUUGACCUGACCACGUUACAGAGGGACCUGAAGCUCAGUGAGAGAAGGAUGAUUGAGAUAGCGAAAGCCAUGAGGCUGAAGAUCUCUAAAAGAAAGGUGUCGCUGGCAGCCGGCGGGGAGGAGGAGCACAGACUGGGCACCCUGAGCAUCCCGCUGCCUCCAGCCCAGACCUUGGAUCGCCUGUCAAAGCGGAGGAGACUCACCUAGAGGUGUGCUUGCCAGACAGAGCAUUUUGGCUGCAUCAGAGCCUCUACUUCUAUUCAUUUCCAUUUUUGUUUUUUAAAAAAGAGGAAAAAGAAGCCUUGCUUUGGCACGGGUAUGAAGCCAGAAGCCAGCACCUCCAUCGUGCUUGCCUUAAGCAGAAACAUAAAGUGACCGUCAUAUUGGACUUCACCUCCCUCCUUUGGUGUUGCUGUGAUUAUAAAUGGCAGAUGGUU